UCCAGCGCCUCGUCACUUCCUCUGCGGAGAAGGCUCGCGAACGAAAGGUUUGGUGGUAGCAACCGCGGUCGGCGUCGCGCGCUCCGAGGCCGAGAGGAUGAGCGAUAGCGGGGAGCAGAACUUCGGCGAGCGGGAAUCCCGUUCCGCUUCCAGAAGCGGAAGUGCUCAUGGUUCUGGCAAGUCUCCAAGGCAUUCGCCUGCUAGAUCUCGAUCCAAGGAGGGUUCCAGGCGAUCUAGGUCCAAGUCUAGAUCAAGAUCUGAAUCUCGAUCCAGAUCAAGGAGGAGUUCUCGGAGACACUAUACAAGGUCUCGCUCACGUUCUCGAUCCCAUAGGAGAUCCAGAAGCAGAUCUUACAGCCGCGACUAUCGUCGUCGUCACAGCCACAGCCAUUCUCCUAUGUCUACUCGCCGGCGUCAUGUUGGCAACAGAGUAAGGCUGUCAUCGCAGCAGUUGAUGAGAGAUAAUUCAGCUGCAAAUCCUGACCCAAACUGUUGUCUUGGUGUGUUUGGGUUAAGCCUGUAUACAACAGAGAGAGAUUUGAGAGAGGUAUUCUCUAAAUAUGGCCCAAUUGCAGAUGUUUCUAUUGUGUAUGACCAGCAGUCUCGACGUUCAAGAGGAUUUGCCUUUGUGUACUUUGAAAGUGUUGAUGAUGCUAAGGAGGCAAAAGAGCGUGCCAAUGGAAUGGAGCUUGAUGGGCGAAGGAUCCGAGUUGAUUUCUCAAUAACUAAAAGGCCUCACACGCCUACUCCUGGAAUCUACAUGGGCAGACCUACUUAUGGUAGCUCCCGACGAAGAGAUUAUUAUGACAGGGGUUACGAAAGAGGCUAUGAUGACCGUGAGUACUACAGCAGAUCAUAUAGGAGACGAUCACCAUCUCCAUAUUACAGCCGAGGGGGCUACAGAUCUCGCUCCCGGUCUCGGUCCUAUUCACCUCGUCGCUAUUGAAGCGUGAAACUGAAGAUUUUGUAGCUACAUACAGUGCGUUGAGAUUGCAAACUUGUGGACAAUAAUUUGUCACUUUUGUUCAAGUCUAAUAGUGCCUAGUGAAUAGGUGACUUUUACACCUUUUAUGGAGACUACUUUCGGUGAAGUUUUAAGAUGCUAUUUCAUUCUGCAUAUUUGUGUAGUUGGUGCUUCGUUCAGAGUUGUGUUUUGAGAAAAGUAUGUCUUCUGCAUGUGUUAGUCUGAACUUUGCAGAAAGAUUUCUAUUGUCGAAAGUUCUUCAUUUAAUUUUUUUUUACCGUUUUCAGGGUAUUUUGAAGAUCAAAACCUGUAUAAUAUGCUUUCAAAUGGUGGCAUAAUAAAGUUUUUUUUACUUACUUUGAAGCCCAUAUCUCAUACUUAACCGAAGUGUGAGUUGGAGAAGGAACAAAAUUACUUAAAAGAUCCACAGUCCUGUACUAUAAACCCUCCCUCUCAGUUACCCUCGAUAAUAUAAAGUAUGAAUAAAAGUCCUUAUUGUACCUUU